AUGGAGGAACCCCAGGAGCCUCUGACUGGGAAGCUCCGGCUCUGCUUCUCCUCGGCUCCUCGGACCAGCGUCUCACUGCUCAGGCUCAACGAACCGGCGCUGCGGGCGCUACGAGAGUGUCAGCGGCAACAGGUUCACCCGCUGAUCGCUUUCCAAGGCCACCGCGGAUAUCUGAGGUUCCCAGGCCCUGGCUGGUCCUGCCUCUUCUCCUUCAUAGUGUCCCAGUGUGGUCAGGAGGGCAGCAGCGGCGGCAUGGACCUUGUGUGCCAGAGCUUAGGCAGAUCUGGGCCAAACCGUCUCCACUGCCUGGGCCCCCUCAGGGAGCGCCUCACUAUCUGGGCAGCCAUGGACUCCGUCCCAGCCCCGUGGUUAAUUCAGGGACACAACCCGACUGAAGAUGCUGGAGACCCCGAGCACUGGCCCAACAGAGCAGACUCUUCUGCGGCAGAUGCAGUAUCACAGUCACAGGUGGCACUGGAGGUGCCAGAUGCACUGGCAAGCCACCAAGGACAGUCACUCCCAGGAUCUUCGCGGGAGCACACAGCACAGUGGGAAGUGAGGAACCAGACCCAUCUGCGAAACAGAGAGCCUGAUCAGGCACAGCUUUCCUCUGCCAAACAGAAACACCUGGACAGGAAACGUCCAGCAUCUACAGCCACAAUAGGACUAGAAGAGAAGAGACUCAGAGCUCCACCUCUAGCUCCAAGUCCCCCAGAAGAGAUGCCCAGUCAGGACUUACAAGAGGGAGAAGACUGGGAGGAAGGAGAUGAAGAGAGGGACCCCAGUCCCUCUGUUCAAGCAGACUCUGAAUCCCCAAGCCCUGAAGAGGUACCGGAUUACCUCCUGCAAUACAAGGCCAUCCAGAGUGUAGAGCAGCAACAGGCCUAUGAGCAGGACUUUGAGACAGAUUAUGCUGAAUACCGCACCCUGCAUGCCCGUGUUGGGGCUGCAAGCCAGCGGUUCAUAGAGCUGGGAGCAGAGAUCAAGAGAGUUCAGCGAGGAUCUCCGGAAUACAAGGUAUUGGAAGAAAAGAUAGUCCAGGAGUAUAAAAAGUUCAGGAAGCGGUACCCAGGUUACCGGGAAGAAAAGCGCCGCUGUGAGUACCUGCAUCAGAAAUUGUCCCACAUUAAAGGUCUCAUCUUGGAGUUUGAGGAGAAGAACAGGGGCAGCUGAAGCUGUCAUGAGGGCUCUUGACCCUCUGCCCAGUGAGAUAUGAACAAAGCAGCUAUCAACCAGUUAACUGUAUGCUUUCCUUAGGAAUUCAUGGUGCACGCAGGGAGCUGCUUUGGGUUUUACAGGUUUUUGAUCACUGCCGUUUUAAGUUGGGCACAGGGCCAAGGCUCCACAGCUCUGCCCAGGAGACUAGGGGAGAUAGCAGAACCGUGGCUUCUUCACCUUAGUGUUUUCAAAUUCUGAGAAAUGACAUUAUUUCCAGGACAAGAUACUCUGAGGAUAUUAGACAAACUAAAGUGAAUUUAGCCUGGUAGCCUCCUUAAGGAAGCAAUGAGAACUUUUGGUAACAGAGUUAAAGCUGCUUACAGCACACCUGGAUAUAAUGGGAAAGGGAUUGGGUGUUACACAUGUACUGAAUGUGAAU